AUGACCCAGACCUACAGCACCGAACUCCGCACCGCGUCGCUGGCCGUCCAGCGCGCCUGCCUCAUCACCAAGACCGUCCUCGCCGCCCACGACAAGGGCUCCACCGCCAAAGACGACGCCUCGCCUGUUACCAUCGCCGACUUCGCUGCGCAGGCCGUCCUCAUCGCUGCCCUGCGGCGCAGGUUUCCCGCCGACGCGUUCAUCGGUGAGGAGGCUGCGGCGACGCUGCGUGCGGACCGCGCGCUGGCGGACCGCGUCUGGGAGCUUGUCAGGGCGAGUGAGAGCGAGAGCGAGAGCGAGAGCAAGACGCUGGCGUCCGUCGAGGAGAUGCUGGAUGUGAUUGAUGUGGGGGUGGAUGCUGAGGCUGAGGCUGAGACUGAGGCUGAAUCUGGGAGCGGACGCAGACGCAGACGCAGACGCACGUGGAUCAUGGAUCCAAUCGACGGUACGGCGACGUUCAUCCGUGGGCAGCAGUAUGCCGUCUCCGUGGCACUAGUGGAGGACGGCGAGCAGGUGGUCGGAGUGGUCGGGUGUCCGAACGUCGUGUUCGGCGGGACGACGGUGCGCGAGGAUGAAGUCGAUCGCGACGGGUGCGGCAUGAUGCUGUCUGCUGUGAAGGGGCAGGGGACUUCUAUGCGGCCGCUGGCACGGACGGGUCUGCUGCUGCCUGCCGAGCCGCUGCCGCUGCCGCUGCAUGCGAAGGGUACGGGGAAUACAGAUGUGGACUCUGGGGGUUUACGCUUCGCGGAGAGUAUGGCUAGCCCGUUCAUCUCGGCGUCGAAGCAUCUGGCGGUGCGGGGGAGGCUGGGGAUCUCGGAGGAGAGAGUAACGGAUCUCUGGUCGAUGCAGAUCAAGUAUGCUGCGCUGGCGCUGGGGGCGUGUGAUGUGAUGAUCCGGAUCCCCAAGGAGAGGGAGUUCCAUCCGUACGUCUGGGACCACGCGGGUGGGAUGCUGGUGUAUGAGGAAGCCGGGGGCAAGAUCACCGAUCUUCGAGGGAAGAGGUUUGAUUUUGGGCGCGGGAGGAAGCUCAGUGAGAACGUGGGCUUGGUUGCGGCGCCCCCGGAGAUUCACUCGAGGGUGCUGGAUAUCGCUCGUGAAGUCUUUGACGCGGUAUAG